AGUGUCUACCUGCAGAAGCAGAAGAUGGUUUUACUAACAACAAAAAUGAUGGAGCGAACGGCUCUGUUUUUGUCGUUUGGGAGCUACGUCACUUCUCUGACCACUGCUUUUUUACCCCUGUGGAAAACGAUGAACUCUGAUCUCAACGAGGUGGAGAACUGGUUUUCAGGGCUCUGGCUCACCUGCCUCUACACGGAAGAGAAGGGGAUUCAGUGCAAGGCCUACGAUUCUGUGCUGGGUCUGCCGGUGGAUCUUCAGAUCUCCAGGGUCCUCGUCUUGAUUUCUAUUGGAACUGGAGGAUUUGCCCUGUUGACCGGCUUUCUAGGUCUGGAGGGGGUUGGCGUGUGCAUGAGGAAGCCAGAAGUGAAAAGACGGCUCUUCAUCUUCAGCGGAGUGAUGACCUGGGUGUCGGGACUCACCACUCUGGCUCCUGUCUCCAUAGUGGCGUACACAACGGUGGUGGAUUUCUGGGAUGAAGGUUUUCCUGACGUGAUGCCUCGGUGGGAGUAUGGCGAGGCGAUGUUCUCUGGAUGGUUUGGGGGUCUGGGCCAGGUCAUCGGAGGAACUCUGUUCUUUGUGGCUGUGUGCAUGGGGGACUACGACCUGCAAAGGCUGAAUGUUCCUGUCAGUCCAGAGCUGAAGCCCAGGACAAGAUACUACCUGAAGACGGAGGUUCUUUAGCUGUCUGUGUCGCAUCCAGGUUCAAUUGGAAGAAAUCAUAAGAUUAAUAAAUUUGUGUACAUAGCUUUGAUUAAAAACUUAAGCUUUUGUAAAACUUGCAAGACUUUGUGCAUUUUUUUAAAAGUUCUUUAUGGGUCAAUUUCUCAAACGAAAAUAUUCUCUCUGAAUGUUUUAUGUUAUGCAAGUGUUGAGAUUUAUUGAACUUAUGCAAGACUAUAAACAAAAGCAACUUCUUUUACUGUUUAGAACAUAUUCUGCUACCUUGCAGCAUCAUUGAGCAUUUCUACAUUUUGUUAAGUUCAGAUCACAAACUUUACUGGGAUUUACAUAUUAAAGCAAUUUUUGCUCAUUUGUUUUCAGCGCCCUUCACUAUUAAUUCCUCUAAGUAUACGCCUGUGAAACUGACUGCGCUGGGAAAUCACACAACUCAGAAAUAGGCCUUGUAUUUGGGUAUAAAAGUGUAUCAUAAGCUUUGAAUUUCUAAGAGCCCUGUUCAAUUACAUCACUGACUGAGUCUUCUACAAAGAUGGUGAAUCAUGUGAGCCAUUUACUUCAGCUGAUGUCCUUUCUGCCUCUGAAGUUUCAAUUAGAGUUAUUGGAGACAGACUUUUGUUGCUGUAUUUUCACAUGUGAAGCAAAUUCAGCCUUUUAAGUGUAUGUGUUGGUAAUGUCUGGUUUUGUACCUAUUUGAUUGUACAUCUUUCUAAGAAGAUGCUGAAACUCUGGCCCCAGUUAA